GACAACCCUGACCGAAUUUCGUAAUUUCGAAACGAACGAAUUUAGCCGGCGAAGUGGAGAAGAAAAUGUCCGCAUCGACGGACCAGGAUCCCGUGGAACUAAUGCUGAAGAAGACCGGCUGCAUAGAGCUUCACUACAAGGUGCAGGAGUGCAUCGCCGAGACUGGCGACUGGAGGGCUUGUCAGGAGAAGGUAAAGGAGUUCCGGGCGUGCAUGCAGAAGUACGUGGAGCAACAGAGCCAGAAGUAUGCCCACGUCAAGUAGCAUCCUGCAGAAGUUCCUCAGCAACGGUUUGGCCUUCGGCAAGUCCACCAAACUGGCGCUGGUGGUCCGAACCGACCUGAAGAUGUCCAAGGGCAAGACAGCGGCCCAGUGCGCUCAUGCGGCGGUCAUGUGCUACCAGAGCUCUG